AUGUCGCUCCCAUUUGGACCAGCAGCGGGAUCUGACAACAAGGGCCGUGGUCAUCUUUCAAUUCCCUAUGAGGGCAGCUCUGAAGGCCUUGCAGUUACUUUGGCUCGUGUGGCUACGGAAGAUCCAAACAUGUCUAGCUGUCUUCCUGCAGUCCCAAAGCCUGGGAAAUCUGGAAACAACCAGUCCCGCGUGAGCAACGGCGAAGAUGUGCCGUCGAGCAAGAAGCAGAAGCUAGAACACUCCUCUACCAUGUCAUCCGCUGAACAUCACACAUCCGAGAUGGAGAGACUUCUCGCCAAGCUUUCCCCUAAGCCUCAGUCGAUCCUUGAGAAGACUACUAAGGACACUAUCGCCGAAACUUUGGAGCGCCAGGUGUCUUUGGAGAGACAGGAGCUGCUUCAUGGCAGGGUCAAUACUCCUUCCGCUGUCCAGGGAGAAGACGAUGGUUCUUCUGGUGCAUCGCUCCGGACUCCUGCCACUGAACCUUUCACGGUCCCUAGCAGCGCAGAUAUGACAAAGCGAGACCAUGAGAGAGUAGAUACCAUUGAAAUGCUCCGCCUGAAGCAGGAGUUACUCGCUGCCAACUCACGUAUCGCGCUUCAGGAACAAGAAUUGGCGCAGACACGCGUCAUAAAGCAUACCCUUGACCAAGCACUUGGACCGCCUUCAGAGGCUGACUUUAACGGCCGUGACAUUACGGAGCAAACUCUUAGCAACCUCCAAAGUGCGUUCAAUGCCUCUACUCGGUCUGUCAGCCAACGCGCGGAGUCAUGGGUUGGCCAAGAUGAUUCGCGCUCUGAUAUAUCCGAUGCACUAUCUGCUGGUGCAUAUAACAGAACCCGCGGUUUUUGGACUACCCCUCAACAGGUAUUUGGGGCUAACCUUCCAGCUUCGAAUGACAAGAACUAUCGCGAGUUUCCUUCCAUGCCUGGUAACUCCGGAGCUCAGGAGCACAGUCGUGAUUGGGACAGCAACGUUGGCACACCGUGCCAUCCUGGCCAGGGUCCAUACCAGGCUCAUCGAGUACUCUCAGGUCCUUCUUCUAAUGCGGGAUUUAGCUUUGAUGGACGGUACUCCGGUGAGCAAACGGUGUACUUACAAAGUCCUAACCUUGGACCUCGUCGCUCUUUCACCCAAGUGAACCGUGGUGGCUCCUGCUUUCCUCCACAGAAUUCGCCUUGGGGCACUUUUCCUGCUGGAGUUCCGAACAAUAUCGGUAGCAGACCAGCACCAAACCAGCACAUUGGGGCUUACCAGCAGGUUGGGAUGUUCCCUGUCCUGCCGUACCAGCCCCGUCCCAUUGGGACUCCGCUUUCACCAACUGCUGCAGAAUUCACUUCGGCCAAUGGAAAUGUUGCUCCCUGGGCAGGAUCAGCGGUUGGGACAAACUCUUCCCAGACAUAUAUCUCACCACUUGAGCCAUUGAACUAUCGCCGUCUCCUGGACAAAAAUGUCUCGUGUGAUUGGAAAUACAUCGUCGACAAGAUUGUAUGCGGAAACGACCAGCAAGCCUCUAUAUUUCUCCAACAGAAGCUCAAGGUUGGCACUGCUGAGCAGAAGUACGAGAUAAUCGAAGCGAUAGUGAGUCAAGCUUAUCCUCUCAUGGUGAACCGGUUCGGGAACUUCUUGGUCCAGCGCUGUUUCGAGCAUGGAACGCCUGAGCAAGUUGUCGCUAUCGCAAACGCGAUCAGAGGCAAUACAUUAAGCCUCAGUAUGGAUCCUUUUGGUUGCCAUGUGAUCCAAAAGGCUUUUGAUUGUGUCCCUGAGGAACACAAAGCUGUGAUGGUCCAUGAACUUUUGCGUCGGAUUCCGGAGACAGUUAUUCACCGUUACGCUUGCCAUGUUUGGCAGAAGCUCUUCGAGUUGCGUUGGAGCAAUGAGCCUCCACAGAUUAUGGCGAAAGUUAACGAGGCCCUACGAGGAAUGUGGCAUGAGGUGGCAUUGGGCGAGACUGGAAGUCUCGUAGUACAGAAUAUCUUUGAGAAUUGUGUCGAAGAUGAGAAGCGCCCAGCAAUCGAAGAAGUCCUGGCGAAGAUCGAUCUUCUCUCUCAUGGCCAGUUUGGUAACUGGUGUAUACAACACAUCUGUGAACAUGGCGCUCCCCACGACAAGAGUCGGGCUAUUGAACACAUUCUUCUCUGGGCAACUGAUUACAGCAUGGAUCAGUUUGCUUCUAAAGUCGUGGAAAAGUGUCUGAAGAUCGGCGGUAGCGAGUUCCUUGACCGGUACCUUGCUCGCGUCUGCACCGGGCGUCCGGACCGCCCUCGUAUGCCGCUAAUUGACAUCGCGGGAGACCAAUACGGAAACUACUUGAUUCAAUGGAUCCUGAUGAAUGCAGCUCCUCAUCAGCGCGAAUUGGUUGCUACUCACAUCAGAAAACAUAUGGUUUCCCUUCGCGGUUCUAAGUUUGGCUCAAGAGUCGCCAUGCUCUGCUGCAACCCUUCUCACACAACGCGUCCUGGCCCAGGUGCUGGCGUCCAAUUGAGCCGUUUUGGCAACCCGAACGACGAGCGCUACCCCGUGGCAUCUCAAAUUGGUGGUCGAUUCAACCGCGGUAACCAGUGGAAUACUGGAUAUCCUCCUUUCCGUUAA